CACAAGAAUUACCAAGGGUGGUGCAUCUAGAAGAGUAUAAAUAGCAACGGCUGGAUUCAAACAAAGCACAGUUCAACUUCCGAACAAUUAUCAAUCACUAGUCAAGAUGUUUGCCAAAAUUAUCUUCUUUUGCGCCUUGGCCAUUGCCUGCGUCUGUGCUAAGCCUCAGUUCCCCCUGGCCUACUCUUCACCGCUGGUAGCUUCACCGCUGGCAUCGCCGUACGCUGCCGCUUACACUGCACCCGUUGCCGCUGCCUACACCGCUGCUUCGGCUCCGCUAACUGCUGCAUACCCCAGCGCCUAUGCCAGCUACCCGUACCCAUAUGCUGCCUACAACUCGGUUUUCCUGUAAACUGACUAACACCGGAUAGAAUUGAUUCUGCUGGAUGAGACAGAUGGAUGUGAAUAAAUGUACCCUCGCCACGGAACUUUUAAUAUAUAAUGAAGGCACUGUUUGACAAAGCAAUCUAUUGAUUUCAACUGUUGUUGUAUUUUUCCGCAAACAUAUCCUAUUUUAUCCUUGAGCUAGGUGGGACUGUGCUAAUAUAUUGGUUAAUACCGAAUAUUUGAGGAUAAGUUAGAAGAAUUAAACACUUUAUUUAGAAAAGGAUAUUUUGAGGCAUUUUUUGUAAAAUUUCAAGUAGGAUAGACGCUCCCUGAUUCAUCUCAACCCUGUAUUCAUUUCAUUAUCUGAUGGCUUUUAUUAACUUUUUAUUUCAACAAUUAUUGAUUCAAAUUCCCCUUUAUCUUUCUUUGACGACAUUUAAUUAGCUUGAGAUUACUAAGUGGGGAAACUAAUUAAAAGUUUAGAGCCAUAGAACUCAAGUGAGAGCCAAGCUUUGAACUAUAAGGAAAGCUAGAAGAGGUCAUUAGGAACAGGAUUAAAAUCAUACGAACUAAUGUGUCUUCUGUUGGUAGGAGUCGAGUUAAGGCAGAGUAAUUAAGUAUCAGUACCGAGAGCAAAUACGGGCCCGGGGAUCCAACAUGAGGGCUAGCUAACCACUACAGAUGAUUCGAACAUUAAUAAGUUUAAUCUCGAUAUCCAUUGGAAGGAAUAACUCUCUACUAUUAUUUAUAAAAAUAAAAUUAAAGAAGGUUUUUUGCAUGGGUUGGAUCUGAAGUUGGCUUCAUUUAGAAUUUGUCAAAGAACAUGAACAUAUUCGACCAAGACGUUCAAAGUGCAACAGUCUCUAAAAUAUUAAAAGCCUCUGAAAAUACAGAGUCUAAUUUGUUUCCCAUUCAAGCUGACUUUUUCUUCCGUUUUGUGGGAGAAGCUUGUUUCAAAAUAUUUGAUCAAUUCUUCAUUUAUAUAUCGCUACAAUAUUAUUAAAAAAUUUAUUUCAAAAAUUAUCAAAAGGCUAAAAUAUCAAACAAUGGAUAUGGAAUAGUUUUAAUAUAAAAUAUAAUUUCACAUACACUGUAACCUCCAUUAACGAACACUUUUUUACGUAAUAAUCGAUUUACGUAACUUUUUUACGAGCUUAAUUCGAAAUAACGAAGUUUGAAUACGUACAGUACAGCAUGGAGUUGUAUAC